AUGCCCAAAUUUCCCAACUUUAUUCCAGACCUUCAAUUCGCUCGUUUCAAUGAUAGGAAAAUUAUCAAUUGGUUUCCUGGUCACAUGGCCAAAGCAACCAAACAAAUCAAGGAAAAAUUAAAAUACAUUGAUUUUGUUAUUGAAGUGAGAGAUGCUCGUGUUCCGAUAUCAUCAAAAAACAAGACCAUCAAUGAAAUAUUUAUUCACAAAAAACGAUUAAUUCUCUUUAAUAAGUGUGACUUGAUUUCCAAGGAGCAUCAGGAACAAAUUAAAAAGUAUUUUUCUAGUGAAAGUUCCAGUGCAACAAUUGAAGGACCGAAAGUAUUGGGAACUUUAUUCACCAGUGCAAAACAAGGACUCAAUGUAAAUAAGAUUGUACAAGAAUGUUUACACAAUAAGAAUAUUGAAGUGGCUCCGAAAAAGUUUAAAACCAUUCCAUAUACUUUUUUAAUUGCUGGUGUUCCUAAUGUUGGUAAAUCGAGUAUUAUUAACAAGUUGAUUGAAAAAAAGAAGGCUAAGGAAGGUGCACUUCCAGGUGUGACAAGAGGAAUGGGUUUCUUCCCAAUGAAAACAAGAGAAAAUUGUCUUUUAUUGGAUACACCAGGUAUUUUCCAACCUGAUAUUGAAACAAAUGAACAAGGAUUUAAGCUUUCACUAAUUAAUGCACUUCCAGAUCAUUUAUUUGGUGGAGAUAGUGCAGCUGGAGGUAAUGCAACAGAUUUGACACCUCUCAUUGAUUAUAUGCUUUUUCAAUUGAAUAGAAAUGAAUGUUAUGAUUAUGUUGAAAUUUUAGGAUUGAAAGGACCAACAAAGAAUAUUGAUGACUUGCUAUUGGCAGCGUGUAAAAAAUGGAAAAUGUUCACUUCUGGAGGAGAACCAGAUCUCAAUAAGGCACUCUCUCAUCUUUUGUUUUGGUUUAGAACUGGGAAAUUAGGACAAGUAGUGUUGGAUUGUGAAUUAUUGGAACAAUCUCGUCUUAACAGUGAAAUAGUAGUGGACUCUUUAAAGAUGGGAAAGAACUCUUCAUUAGAACCAAGUUCAUAA